AUGGGCAAGCGCACCAAGCAGUACAAGAAGCUCAUGCGCUCCUUUGAGCAGCUCGGCUUCCGCCAGCCCUACCAGCUGCUCAUGACCAGCGACGUCGUCCUCGACACCACCAAGCUCGACUUGGUCAGCCUGUUUGAGAAGACGCUGUCGACGAAGGGGGUGAAGCCCAUGAUUACGCAGUGCUGUAUUAGGGCGCUGUAUGCAAAGAAUGUGGGGCCGAAUCGGGAUCAGAAUGUCGCUGCUGCUAUUGAGCGGGCAAAGACGUUUGAGAGACGGCGGUGCGGCCAUCUAGUGGACCAGGACGCGCUGCCGGAGCGGGAGUGUAUGCUCUCGGUUGUGGAUCCGAAGGGGAAGGGGGAGAACAAGUUUCGAUAUGUGGUGGUGACGCAGGAUGAGUUGCUGAUCCUGGAGCCCAUGUCUUCAUCGUCGGCACGGGUCAGGGAACGGGAAGAACGUGUCAAGUUUUUGGAGGGCAUCGUGAGGCAGCCCCGGAAGAGAAAGAGGGGUGAAGACGAAUCUGGUGAAGAGCAAUCCGGCAGUGAAGACGAGGGUGAGGGUGGUCGUGCCGAAGGUGCCGCCCGCCCCAGGGAAAUCGGUGGGGAGGAAAAGCAAAAGAAGAAGAAGAAGCAGUACGGCCGCAAAGAACCUAACCCACUAGCGGUCAAGAAGGCGAAGAAGGCGUCAGAGGCAGACCAAAAGCCCAGGAAACCGGCGAUGCCCGCAGAAGAGGCCCCGACAGAGACGAAAGCCAAGAGGAAGAGACGCAAGAAAGCCAGCAGUGCUCAGGGUAGUGGUGGGGGUGGUGGCGAGGGCGGUGAUACUGAACAAGCGGUACAGGCGGCGCCAGCCUCGGUUGAGGCUGCGGAAGCGUGA